CCCCCCACCCCGGAAGAGACCGACCGAUCCUCGUCACGGGACCGAUCACUCCUCUCCCCCACCACAUGCCGAACCAUGACCGGUGCUCUUCCGCGCAGACGGAGCGCCACUGCAAGAUGUCUUAUUCAAUUCACGGGGAAACGUCCACCCAAAGGAUCCGGGGUAGCGUGGAAACCUUUCCAAUGUUGGUGGGGCCCAGUACAGUAAUCCCCAGUCUUUUUGAUGUCUCUGGAUCUAGGGGUAAACUGCCGCGGUAAAUCUUCAAGGAUCCCAAGGCAAGUCGCACAGUACAACUCUUGUACUGUAGGUGGCGCCAUCGGCUCGCAGGGACAGCCGCGGCGGAUGUAAGCUUGUCCGCGCGGCUCGGCAUUUGCCUCAAAGUGGAAAGAUCCGUCGGAGUUAAUCAGGCGUGUUUAUAAAGCGCGAACGAUCCCCUCACAGAACUGAGCUUUACCAAUUACUUUCGAUCCGUCCCCAGUACAAUCACGAGAAACAUGGCUGGUACUUCUCUUCGCAAUAUCAUCGUCGUUGGCGGCUCCUUUGUGGGGCGGUCGACGGCUCAGGAACUUGCAAAGAUCAUUCCACCAACUCACAGGAUCCUCCUGACAGAGCCUCACAGUCAUUUCCACCAUCUCUUCACAUUCCCUCGUUUUGCCAUCGUUCCUGGCCAAGAACACAAAGCAUUCAUUCCAUAUAGCGGACUCUUCGCAAAUGCCACGAACCCAGCUGCUCACGCCGUGGUUCAAGCGCGCGUCACAUCCAUUCGGCCAGAGCAUAUAGAGCUUGAUCGCGAGUGGCAAGGCUCGAACCAAAUUCCAUUCGAUUAUGUCGUUGUUGCGACGGGGACUCGGCUCUCAAAGCCCGCUGCCAUGGAACACGACGACAAGCCGUCAUCCGUCGACUACCUACAAAAGCACCAAGCCGAUGUCAAGCGAUCAAAAUCGAUUCUGAUCGUCGGAGGUGGUGCAGUUGGCGUACAAAUGGCCACUGACCUCAAAGAGUAUUACCCGGACAAGGAGGUGACGGUGGUCCAGUCACGGCCUCGUGUGAUGCCGAGCUUCCACCCUCGACUGCAUGAGAUCAUUCAGAAGCGCUUUGACGAGUUGGGUGUGAGACUCAUCACCGGGUCUCGCGUGAAGAUUCCCCCUGGUGGCUUCCCCAAUGAUGGAAACACGUUCGACGUGCAGCUGACAAACGGCACGACGGAAUCUACCGAGUUGGUCAUUUUGGCGACUGGGCAAACCCCCAACAACAAAUUGGUCGCAGAUUUGGAACCCUCCACACCUGAAGGUCCCUCCGUGAUCAACCCAGAUAAUGGAUUCAUUCGAGUUCGGCCGACGAUGCAGUUCCUCGAUGAGAAAUACUCGAACCUGUUCGCUGUCGGAGAUAUCGCCGAUACGGGGGCACAGAAGGCAGCACGACCCGGCGCAGCCCAAGCUGCUGUGGUUGCAAAGAAUAUCCAGGCACUGAUCGAGGGAAAGAAGCCCGAAGGGGAGUUUGUCAAGGGACCAGGGGCCAUUCACAUUACCCUAGGCAUGAAAUACAACAUGAUUUUCCGCAACCCGAAUACCGCAGAGGGUCAAACUGAGCCUUGGAUCAAUGAGAAGAAUGAUGGUCAAGAGGACAUGAAUGUGGAGGGCAUGUGGCAACGAAUGGGAAUUUCUGUUGACAACCCGCGUCAAUAUCACCUCUGAACGGAGCAAUAUCACGACAUAAGAAAUGGACCUUACCUAUAGACUAUGAAUAAAAUAACCAU